AUGCGUACCGCAUUCUUCUCUGCCGCUUUGGCUACUGUAGCCAGCGUUUCUGCGCUCCCAUCACCUCAGGAGAUUCCCUCCACCAAGCUCACCAAGGCGCUCCCAGUCAACAUCUUCGCCGACACACCAAAAUUUGCCCAGCCCAUUCCUCUCGAAACGGCCAAGUUGAUCUUCGAGGAGCACAAUGCCACACAGCCAGAAGACGCACCUGCUGCAUCCUUCCGCGUCACAACUUUCGCCGCUGCUGCAACAUGUCCCAACGUACGCACCCGCAUCGAGUGGGACUCAUAUCCCGACAGCAGCAAGCAGGCAUUUGUCGAUUCAGUCAAGUGCUUGAUGAGCCGCGCCCCCUCAGGCCGAUUCCCCGCAUCCAAGAGCCGAUACGAGGAUCUUGUCGCGCUGCAUCAAACCCUCACACCUAAUGUGCACGGAAACUCAAAGUUCUUGCUCUGGCACCGUUACUACCUCUGGACAUUUGAGGAUGUCCUGCGCACAGAGUGUGGCUUCAACCAAGCCCUGCCCUGGUUCGACGAGACGCGCUAUGCUGGCCGCUUCUCGCAAUCCUCCAUCUUUUCUGCCCGGUGGUUGGGAGGCAUCGCGCUAGGUGGAAACUGUGUAACCAAUGGUCAAUUCGCCAACCUCGCCAUCAACAUUGGUCCCGGCCCGGGCAACCAGCCCCAUUGUCUUGCACGCAACGGUGACGGCGCCAAGACGCAAUACUGCAACUCCGACUACGUAAACCAGUGCAACGCUUACGGCGACUUUGCUGGCAUGGCCUCCUGCGCGGAGGGUGGUCCUCACGCCUGGGGCCACAACGGUAUUGGAGCCGUCAUGCAAGACACGUUCGGAUCGCCCGCCGACCCCAUCUUCUGGCUGCACCACGGUUUCGUCGACCGCAACUUCCGUAUCUGGCAGAACAAGAACUCUGCCCGUGUCAGUACCAUCAACGGCAACGACGUAUCAGGCAGGCCGCUUACCCUCGACACAACCGUCAACGUCUACGGUAUCCGACCAGAUGUCAGGAUUAGGGAUAUCCUCGACACCACUGGAUCGACACUGUGCUACAAGUACAACUACUAG